GCUCCGUACAUUUGGUUCAAAAUGGCUACUCGCCCCUCAAAGCGAUUCAAAUCUUGCAAACUUCGCGUUCGAUCUAUCUCUACGAGUGGCAAAAAAAUCACGAAGAAUAUUGCUCUGAAAGCUUCAAAUCGUAUUUCAAAUGAAUUAAAGUCAACAAAUGUCCCUUCUAGUGCGAUAGAACGACAUAAUUUGUAUGAGUUUGAUGAAGGUGAAGGUUACUGUGAUGAAGAGCAUGCUUAUGCAACAAACUAUCAGAACAGACGGGAAAAGGAAUUUCAAGGCUGGCACACCAUUCGAGAGUCUUUGUUAAACGGAAGAAUUGAAGAAGAAGUUUUUCUUAACGAAGAAAAAUGCUCUGAAUGUGGUGUGAUUGGGGUAGAAUUUCGUUGUAACGAAUGCGCACACGAAAAAUAUUUUUGCAAAGGUUGUGCUGACAGCACUCACGAAACAAGCAACUACUUCCAUGUGCUUGAACGGUUUAAGGAUGGGUAUACAUUACCUUACUUUCCCAAUCAUGGUAUUCUUUCAGCAAGGCAUCAGAAAUCUUGCCAUAGUGCUCAAGCAAGAAAUGUCAUUUGCAUUGACCAAUAUGGCCGGCAACAUCAGAAACAAAUUCUGUUUUGUGAGUGUGAAAAAGAUUCAAUAACGUUAAUAAGAUUGAAACUUUGGCCUGGCAGUGCUACUCGUCCCUCUUUAGCUUUUCAUUUUAAGAUGAUGGAGUUGGCUGAAACCUUACUUCUUGAAUGUCAUGUUUCACUUCGAAAAUUCUGCGAUGCUCUAAAAAUAUGGACAAAGUGCUCCUCUUUACCAUUGUGGAUUAAGAACAUGUAUUCAACACUGAACAGCAACUCAUUUGAUGAGUUUCGGUAUCAUCGGCAUUUGUUGAGAAAUGGUUACCCGCUUGUAAAGCAACAUGUCCCAGGGAGAUAUUUGUGCCCUCUUUGUCCCAAACCUGAUGAAGCUGGUACUCUGAUUGAAUCAAUGGAUGCUUGUUUUGGUCUUGUGAGAAAAAACACCCGUUUCGCUCAUUCUAAAUGGGUAUUACCCAGAGUUCUAAAUUUUAGAAUGCGGAAGAUAGCCAAUUUAGAUUGCUUUCUGUGCCAUCUGAAGGCUAUGUUUGUCUCUCCUGACCUAAAAUGUUUAGAAGAUGGGAUACCAGCAAAGAAAGCAGAAUGGAUUUUGCUGAAAAAUUCUUGCUCGAGAGCCAUGUAUCCUUGCACAAAUUUUGCAGCACUGUUGAAGUUGAAUAUCCUGAAAUGCUACCUAGACUGGUCAAAAACAUCUAUAAUGUGUUAAACAAUGGAUCAUUCGAUGAAUACAGAUAUUUCAAACACCAAGUCAGAUCAUUAAAGUUCAUACAGAAAGACCUGAUUGAUUAUAGAAAUUGCCCUCUUUGCCCACAAACUGGUGAGUUAAGUGUGGCCAUUCAUUCCAUG